AUGGCGGAGAUAGCCAAGCUGAGCCCCGGCUUCCGGGAGGAGCCAGGCAUGGACGCCUUCGGCCUGCUGAAGCGCGCCGUGACGCACGCGUCGGGCAGCCGAUGCCGCACGCCCGGGGAGUUGAUGGACGGCUUGGAGCCCAAGGGUCACACGUUUCGGUUCUUGCUGGAGGUCCACGAGAGGAUCUCGAAACGCCUCCUGAGGAGGAACGUCGUGGGGGUUUUCUCCGGCCUCCUGCAGGCGAGCGCGUGGCUACACGCCCUCGGGUCCGACGAAGAGCUUCUCAGCAAGCUGCCGCCGGACAUGCGGGAGCCGUUCGACCGCGAGCGGGCGAGGCAGUCGGCCGCCCCAGCGCCUCAGGCGCCCGAGGCGGCCGCCCCGGCGCAGUCGGCGGCGGCCCCAGGGGCGCCAGAACGGGGCGCGCGGCAGGCGACAGCGGAGACGGCGUUUGUACAGGAGAUGCCUGCGCCGGCGCCUGCCGGGAGCCCGUGGGGGCAGAGCUUCUGGGGCUCCAGCGCCGAGGAGAGCGCCCCGACGAGCCCUGCGGCUCCUCCCCCGCCGCUGGCGGCCAGUCGCGCGGCGAGUACCAGCCCAGCGCCGCUCAGGUCGCAGGAUGCCAUCGACAGGGCCAGGGCGAGGGUCGAGGCAGCGGCCGCGCCGCCGCCCCCGACGGCGUCCUUUGUGGUCCGGUCCACGGGCGCCGACGCCCUGCUGGAGGAGACCGGCAUAGCCAAGAUCCUGGCCGUGAAGUGGUCGUCCACCUCCGGCGAGCUGCUGGACAUCGACGCGGCUGCCGACGCGUACUCCAGCUUCAACAAGGCAACGGCCAAGGCGAUGGCCAGCGGCGCAUCCCCAGAGGAUAGAGACGCGCUGGAAAGGCUGGAGCCGAAAGAGGCAGUCCUGGAAUUCCUGGCCGCCUUCAGCAGGCAGUCGAGGAAGCACAGCUCCCGCGUCUCGGCGACGACGGCGAGCCUGCAGAAGUGCAAGUCGUGGGCGACCUCGCUGGGCAGACACAGGAGUCUAGCGGCAUCAGUACCGUUUGGUUUCCCCACAUCCUCCCCCUGCCCCACAUGUGGGCCCCGCGGCACAGGCGAACCGCCAGUCUGUCCUGCAGCAUGCCACACACGUUCUGGACUCAGCGAGGCCGCCCGAUGGCGAGAACGGCCUGGUUUGCACCAAGGGUCACCCAGUCACGAAGAGAAAGGUGGGCUUGCGACUUCAUCAGAAGUGGGAGUUCUGGAGCGAGCGCAGAUGCGACUUUUGCGACGAAGAGAUCGCGCAGAACGCUGUGAGGUGGCGCUGCAAUGAACACUGCGACUUCGACAUUUGCGAGCCGUGCUACGAGUCUGGGCAGCGCCAGGACGACUCCCAGCUCCUGCAGAAGGGCCGCGCCGACUCCCGGUCCCUGAGUCUGAGCGGUCCAGGUCUGGGCGUCGUUCAAGUGGAGAUCCCGAGGGACAAGGUCCAGAGCCACGACGGAAUAGUCUUCUACGAGGUCGAGGUGACCCCCGCGUUCUCGGAGAGCAGUCCUCCCCUGUACUCUGUCCGGAAGCGCUACAACCAGUUCCUGGAGCUCAAGACGAACUUGGGCCCCGAGGCCGAGAAACUUCGGCCUGCCUUUCCUGGGAAGCUCUCGAAGCUGUUCCAGUCCGAGUCCUCCCUCGAGGACAGGCGAAGUGCCCUGUCACAGUGGCUGCAGGCGGCCGUCGCACACCCCCUGAGCUCCAGCGCAUGGCGCGAUUCGCUCAGGCGCUUCCUGCAAUUCGACCCCGAGCGAGACAGGUGAUCCAUGCUUACCACAACCACCCUUACCCAACCCGAUGGCCCUGGACCCCCU